CGGGCUACAGACGGAGUAUUUACAUUGAAAGCCCCAGGCCGUGUUUGCUAAAACGAUGUCCACACACUCGCUGCACAUGACUACUAAUGUAGGUUGUCGAAGAAACUUUGAACCUUGAGGAGGACGAUUUCCAAGGACGUUGUAAUAAUAGGUCUCAUCCGGAACGUGUCCUCGUUUUUCAUCUCGGGCAUAGAACAAUGGCUGAGCGGUUCCCACGCAGCCUGUAAGGCCAUCUGAUGGUCCUUGCCGUCUGUAAUGACAUCGACAUUGACGGGAAUCGGCAACAGUGUGUAUAUCUAGAAGGGUUCAGGAAAAACAGUGCUCGAAUACAUGGCCUUGUAACGCGACCCGUCAAUCCGCCUGGCGCACAGCUCUGUGUAAUCCGAGGGUCUCGCCAACACGCAUAUUACCGCUGUGCUGGGUGGGGCACUGACUCCACGAAACUGCUCGUCACGUGACAUCGCCCGGGGGUAGAGCACAGAGCGAUGGAAGGAAGGACAGUACUUGUGUUAGCAUGUCUGUUCAGCGUUGUCAGCGUCGGUUCAGCCGGAAUGCCCCCCUCCGCAACCGUCACCACCAUCCCCUACGACUCCAACACGACACCAUCGCUCGGGCAGGAUUUCGAAAUCAAGUGUACCGUCCAAGGUUUUCCUUCGAUCCUUGAGGCAUUCUGGUCGAGGAGACCUGCCCGGGGGAUGGGGAAGCUGGAGCACAUCUUCCCGCAUAGCCUCCCCGACAGUACCACCCAACGGACGACCCCAGCUCCUAAAUACAGCUGGCAGGAAGACACCCGUGACACGAGGUACCAGGUAUUUGUCCUCACCAUUCAAUCUCUGACGUACAACGACGACGGCGACUACGUCUGCGGCAUUUUCUGGGGCAGCUUCAACUUGACGGACAGUUACAGGAUGGCUGUGGAAGGUCGACCCGAUAUUUCUCCAAUGGUGAUGGAGAGGAAUGGCAUCGUGGGGUACCACGAGUUGAUCACGGUGGAGUAUAUCACCCGACCCCGUCUCGACAACGUCACGUGGUACGGCCCCUCCGGUGACAUCCUCGACACCAAUACAUCCAGGGUGUAUGUCACGGAGUCGGGAAGAUUGAAGGGGGCGAUAGUCCUGCACAUCACCAACUUCUCCCGUGACGACAAAGGGACGUACAGCGUGGUUCUCAACAACGACCGCGGCGAAGACCGGGUGGAAUUUGAAUUCAAGGCGGACCCCUUCCUGCAGGUUGUGACCCCCAACGCUACCACCCUACCCUACGGCUCUACCGCCGUCUUCAUCUGCCGCGCCACCAACUUCAGGAGCCAGCCAAUGUUCGUGUGGCACCAUGGAUGGUCGAAGACGGUCCUGUCGAUGGUGCCUGCCACAAGAAGUGUAACCAUGAGAACAGAGAUGAUCCAGACCAGCAACGUUACCACGUGGAUGUCGACGGCGACGAUCCGAGGCAUCAACUUCAACUUCAUCGGCGUCCUUGAGUGUUCAGCGUCCGAGCUCGACGAAGUGUACGUCGACAGUAACACCAUCAACGUGAUUGGGUCGCCGGUGAUCCAGUCCAGUAUGAGGUCCGUGGGGGCGAUGUUGGGGGAGACGGUGGAGUUGCAGUGUAACGUGUCGUCCAACCCGCCCCCGACGCAGCUGCAAUGGCUGUUCAACAGCAACACUAUCAAAUUCCAGCGGUUUGCGACGAAUUGGACUGCACGAGACGUAACUAUGCAGAUGCGUCACGUGGUUGAGGUCACGACAAUAAACGACUUCGGCAUCUAUAUGUGUCAGGUGACCAACAUGUACGGCACCAACGGCUACAGCAUUCACCUCAUCGGGGACAUGUACAGUUGGUGCAAGUUCAAAUGGUGCCCCAAGGACAAGCUGUGUGACGAGGACAGCGCGGCCUGCGUCUGCCCACAAGGACACGCCGAGAACAAGGACGGCGUCUGUAAAGAGUCCGCGCCACAAAAACAGGCCGUGGAGACAUACGUCUGGGGGGUUGUCGGUGCCAGCAGCGUCCUCGUCGUCACUUUGGCCAUGGGCAUCGUCCUGUACGUGUGCUGGAAGAGACGGACAGGCCUGGUGAAGCGGAAACAAGACAGGGCGGAUAUACUUGCACGGACAAAUGCUGCAUACUCGCACGCUCAGUAUGCCACGUCCAACAUCUACGAGAUUAUCACGAGACCCAGUGACGAGUUCCCGCGAGAACGCUUGAGAUUCCUCCAUGCACUUGGAGUUGGCAAGUUUGGCCGAGUGAUGAAAGCGGAAGCUCUUAGCAUCAACCGCACAGGAUCAUGGGAAGACGUUGCGGUCAAAAUGUGUCAAGAGUCCGCGACAGAUCUGGACAAGGAGGAUCUGUACAAUGAGCUCAUCAUCAUCAGGAAGAUCCCCAAACACAUCAACGUCGUCAGCUUCUACGGCGCCUGCACAUACGGAGAGCCUCUCCUUCUAAUCUUGGAGUAUAUUCCCGGCGGGGAUCUGCGCAACUACCUGCGCAGACGCCGCCCUGCCUAUGACAAGACCUGGGAGAGUCCUCUCAGCGUGCAGGAGAGCCCCCUAGCGGUAGAGGAAAUGGUCAAAGGUGAAGAAGACGGAGAGCUGACCGCCAAGGAUCUACUGUCCUUUGCUGUACAGACAGCUCGAGGAAUGCAGCACCUGGAAGCUAACAGUAUUGUGCAUCGUGACGUCGCUGCAAGAAACGUGCUGGUUGGCUACAACUGUGUGUGCAAGAUCUCGGACUUCGGUCUCGCGAGAGAUGUGGAGGGUGUGGACGUGUACGAGAGGACGUCUAAGGGGCCUCUCCCUGUCCGGUGGAUGUCCCCUGAAGCCUUGAUGGAGGGGUUCCACAGUCACAAGGCGGACGUCUGGGCCUUCGGAGUGUUGCUGUGGGAGAUAGUCACACUAGGAGCGAGUCCCUACUCCACGAUGACGCUGCGAGGGGUUAUUGACGCUGUUGUUGCUGGGAAACGCCUGGAGCGACCCCAGUACUGUAUGGACGAACUGUACUCGUUGAUGAGCAAGUGCUGGGAAUUACAGCCUCAAGACCGACCCAGCUUCAAGGAGCUCGUGCAGCACGUGGAAUACCUGCUUGAGAAGGAGGCGGACUACAUACAGCUCGACCAGUUUCAGGAGGCCGUGUACAUGGUGCUGGAGCCAGACUCCCACGACGAGAAGCUAUGAGAGUUAUCGUUCUUGGAUACGAUGGGAUCGCCAUACGAGUCGAACUUGAUUGAGGAGGAACGGUGCGUGUGCGAAGUGACUGAUUGUGAAAAGCAUUGCUAAAUGACGUGUAAGCCUGAACAAUGAGGGUUGCUUAGUUUAGAAGAACCUGCAGCAGUUGUCGUUCUUGGAUAAUAACCCAUCGUUCUACUUAUGAUAUUAUAGUCUCGUAAUUGAGAUAUGUUAUCGUGUACAAUUAUCAAUUAUAGUAAUUGAUAUACAUCACAACUACAAAUGGCAACUUCAAAGUUGUAUUGAGGUCAAGAGGUCACAAGUUAAACUCAGCUCAGAACCCAAUGUCGGGAGUGAUGCCGUUGACAGGUUUUGUCACUUGAAACUUACCCGGCUCAUGUUUAGCACGGCUCUCUAUGUGGAUGUACUGCGGGGGUUCACGGAGGAAGAACAGGAAAGAAAAGAGGAAGACAAUUUAUGUAAAUUAUUUUUGAGAUCAAGUGUCGGUAAGAUGGACUUUGCACCACGAUCUUAAACCGUUUUCACACAUUGGAAUCACGGGUGCCGUGUGUAAAACGUCGACGACAUCGUCUCUGAAGAAUUUGGAUAACCAUCAUCUGUUUGACUCAUAUAUAUACUCUGCCUUAUCAUUGAGGUUAAUAAGGGAUAAACCGGUUUAUGUUCAGUUUCUAAAAGUGUAGUUCAUUUGCAUCUGGAAUGAUCCAUUUUAAACCCACAUUGACUAUUACUUGUCAUGUAUUGCACGUUCAUGGCUAAGCCACUGGUGUUGCGUUCAGGCGUGUGUUUUUUCAAACUUUCAAUCUUGCAUUUUUCGUUGUUUUAAAUAGUCACUGUCCAUUUUUCAUUUUUUAGAAAAAGAUCAGUCGGUGUGAUAUAGGUAUAAACACCGUGUUCUGCAACUGUUAAUCACAUUGUCAACAUACUCAGACCUCUUGACGCUUGUUGGCAUGUGUUCAUGUUUGACACCACACACUAAUGACACCGAGUGUAUGUGGUGAUGUGUGCGUGUUGCAGACUGCACUGUCAGUCAUGGCCGAAAGGAGUGACCCACUUCUCCAGCUGGCGUAGAAGACAGUCCUCCAUACGUUCAUGUCUGUAAUCUAUGUAACCUACACAGGACAUGUUACAUUUCCGCAUGAUUGCAGUAUCACACAACGGGAAACCAUACAGAAUGUCCAUCAUUCAUCACUGUGUGAAACAAUCGUUAAUGCAUGUUGUAAUAUAUGUUGUAAUAGAUGUUGUAAUAUAUGUUGUUAUAAUUGUUGUAAUAUAUGUUGUAAUAUAUUCAUUUAUCAUCCCGACCCGUGAAGAUCCGGGGUAGAAUAGAUCUUUAGCAACCCAUACUUGUCGUAAGAGGCGACUAACUGGAUCGGGUGGUCAGGCUUGCUGACUUGGUUGAUGCAUGUCAUCGUAUCCCACUAU